AUGGCACGGAAACUAAGCCACCAGAGGGUCACCUAUGUACUCCCUCUACCUGAUGCCCCAGGCGGGCACCGGCUGGGGGUCAAUGGCUUGACUGUUGACCGUCAAAAUUCCAUUUUGUAUUCCGCGGGCCGCGACGGUGUCAUCUGUUCGUGGGAUCUCGACUGCCCCCUGGCCUCGCUUCAAUCCGAGAACCCAUUUUCUCCUGCCAAUCGAAAGCCGGGCCCGACACAAUUCAAAACCCAGGUCCAGGCUCAUAGCCACUGGAUUAACGACAUCGUCUUGACCCAGGGUAACUCCGCCCUCGUAUCCGCAUCGUCUGACACGACCGUGCGACUCUGGCGCCCGCACUCGGAAUCUACCGAGGUACCCGAGCGCAUCGGGAAGCAUGCCGACUAUGUCAAGGCACUGGCUAGUCCGGACGGCAAAGCUAGCUGGGUUGCGUCAGGUGGCCUCGACCAUAAACUCUAUCUGUGGGAUCUGAAUGGCGGUGGUGAGAUCUUGAGCAUCGACGCAAGCGGUGAUGAUACGGCCGAGAAAGGCUCCGUCUAUGCGCUGGGCGCGACCUCUUCGGUGCUCGCGAGCGGUGGACCGGAGAAUGUCGUGCGCGUAUGGGACCCCAAGUCUGGGAAGCUGGUCACCAAGUUCGUGGGCCACACCGAUAACGUUCGCGAUAUCCUGAUCAACCAGUCUGGAGAUACGAUUAUGACUGCCUCUUCAGACCAGACCAUCAAGGUCUGGUCGUUGACUGCAGGCCGUUGUAUGAACACCCUGACAAUGCACAACGACAGCGUGUGGUCUCUAUACUCCGACCACCCGGAUCUUUCGGUCUUCUACUCAAGCGACCGGUCUGGUAUGGUCGCCAAAACUGACACACGAGGCUCGCCCGACCUUGAACAGGGCACAUGCGUUGCAGCGCUACAAGAACAUGAAGGUAUCAUGAAGGUGGUUGCUACCGAUGACUUUAUUUGGACAGCUACACCUAAGUCCAGCAUUAACCGAUGGAGAAACGUUGACACGACGCUGGGUUUCGACCCGCCGCCCGAACCGGGGCGAACUAUCGAUUCCACUGCUGCGCCUGAGAAACCUGCCGAUCAAACGCCCAAGAAGAUUCCUUACAAUGCCGCAUUGCAGUUAUCUACUGCAUCUACAAUACUAGGCAACACAUCGCCUUCGCGUGCGAAAUCACCUGAGCCGGACAUGGAGAACGGUCUCAGUCUCACAAUUCCCGUUCAUUCGCUGCCAGAAGAGUCUAUCGAGGGCCAGCAUGGUCUUAUUAAAUGCUUGAUGCUGAACGAUCGAAAGCGAACCCUCACUCAAGAUUCAGCAGGAGAAGUUGUCUUGUGGGAUCUGCUUAAGUGUGUUCCUGUACAAAAUUUCGGCAAGCGUCAUAUUGAUGAUGUCGCGGAUGAAUUAAAUACAGUGGAGAGCAUUUCUCACUGGUGCACAAUUGACGUGAGAACGGGCAGACUUUCCGUUAUUUUGGAGCCCAAUCGCUGCUUUGAUGCUGAGGUCUAUGCGGAUGAAGCCGGACUACUAGAGGAUGAUCUCUCGCAAUUUCGAGAUGACCAACGCAUCAAUCUCGGCAAAUGGAUCUUGCGCUGGCUUUUUGCCCCCAUGGUGGACGAGCAGAUUCGACGAGACGACGAGUAUCGCGAGACUGCUAUUGCUAAAGCGGAAGAGCUCGCUAGGCUCAAUCCUACACUGGGUACAUCUGCUCCCACCGACGAUAUUCCUCGCAGCGUGGGUAUACCCAUAGCUCGUGGUAUGCACAGUAUGGACUUCCCUGGAAGCCCGAAUAUGUCUGGCUUCGGUAUCCAUGUCGGCACACCCUCCUCCGCCAACUAUCUCAGCACCUCCAUGCAAAGUACCUCUCCCUUCCCCGCAUUAGAUGUUGAAACCCCUGGAUCAAUGGGCCGAAACCUGGAUGCUGUGCCCGGUUCAUUCUCCGAUAAAAGCGAUUAUUUCUCGUCAGCUCCUCCACCCCAGGGGCUUUCUCACCUUUCCCAGCUUGACACAGACAAGACUCCCAUGUCACCGUCUGACUUGAACUCUCCUUCGGGCCUGCCACAAUCACCAGCAGAGCCUGAUAAAGAGGAACGCAAGAAGGGUAGUUCUCUGUUUGGAAAGAAAUUCCGCAUGGAGUUCCCGAAGGUACGGGGAUCACGUAACUCCACGGACACGAAGCCCCAGAUCCAAGAAGAGAAAAUCGAAGAAUCGGAGAUUUCCUCCAUCAAGGAAGAGAAGACGUAUGAGGCAAAUAUCAGUGGUGUCAUUGAUCGGAUCCGCGAUGAUUAUGAGGAGUUCCUGUCCUCAAAUCCCAGUCGUGACUUGGUAACCGCCAUCGUUCCGAGUGCAGAGAGCGAGACCCCUCGGCUUCAUAUCCCUCCGCGGACAGCAGUUUUCAUUCAAGAAGAAACGGGUGACACUGCUGUGGCUUCGGAUUUGUACCGUGGUAGUGUUGGGACCAUCGGUCAAGAGAUUGAGCGACUCGAAAAGGCCAUCCCUCAUUGGCUAGGCGAAUUGCUCCUCAAGAACCAAAUUCCGUUCAAGGAGCAAUUAAAGAUUGCCUUCAUCCUGAAGCCCUACGAAGACUCUUUGCCACCUGUUGUGAAGCCUGAGCUACCGACUGCCAACGGCGGCCCUCCGACCAACAUGAAUGGCAAUAACAAUAGCUCUCGACUAAAUGCUAAUCGUAUGCUUCGGGUCAAGAAGGUUCUGGCCUACGUGGCCGAGCGCAUUGAUCCCAGCAAUCCUGAUGAGCCUGAAGCGGACGCAUUGCAACCGGAGGAAUACCUUGAGCUGUAUUGCCAAAAACAGCUGUGCCCUCCGAACAUGACUCUGGCUACGAUUCGGACGUGUCUCUGGCGUACAUCGGGUGACAUGGUUCUCUAUUACAAAGCGAACGGAAAGAAAGAAAUUCGACCACCUCCAUCGUUGACCAGCAACAACGAGAAUCAUGUCAGUGUCGGCGAACCAGGCUCCCUCAACGGCGUUCUCAAUGGCGAAAACACUGCACCCCCAGGCAGCAUCCAUUCAAUGACCAACUCCGGCUCUGUAACCGGCUCUGUCGCUACUUAG